GCUGAAUCAGAGGAAAAACUGAUGAACUGGCUGCUGUCUAAAAACCGAUACAACAAACUGAUCCGUCCCGCUAUCAACCGAGCUGAACGCGUCACCAUAAGACUGCAAGUGUCCCUGGCUCAGCUCAUCAGCUUGGCAGUGUUUGUUUACACCAGGAGCACCUGGACAGGCUCGUAUCUCUCUUGGGACACCCCUGCUAUUACAGUUGGGGUUAGAUACAUCAGCACAUUGCGAUAAAAGGAGUCAUAUAUCUGCCAGUUGAAUAGUGCUGGAGUUUGUUUCCAUGUUUACAGGUUCUCCUGAGAACUGAGUAAGCAAAGCCAGUGUAUUUAGUAUUUACAAGCUCUUUCAUCCUUUGUCAUGGUCAUAUUAAUUAUAGUGGCCUGAGGACUGUUAUUUAUAUAUUUUGCCUCAUUGCAGUAUGGAGGCCCUUGAAUCAGUUGUCCAUGCUGUCUUCAGUUAAUUUCACUUCUCUUGCCCCCAUAUAUAUGUGUGUGUGUGUGUGGUGUGUGUGUCUGUGUGUGUGUGUCUGUGAGUGUAUAUGCUAAUGGGUAGAGAACUGGGCUUGGUUCGAUUACAAGGUAGGACACUGCAGUUUAACCAUUGAGCAAGAUAUUUAACCUGCAUUGCUUCAUUGUAUGUCAAGCUGCAGAAAUGGAUACUGUAUGGAUUACUGUGUGGACUAUGUAAAACUAUGUAAAAAAAAGUCACUCUCAAUAAAAGCAGGUUCUAAAUGCCUGUAAUGUAAUGUAAUAUAUAUUAGUUCCGUGAAAAAGAAACACGAAGAUGCGAAAAGUCUCUUAUGAGGCAAAACAUAAUAAAUAACAGUAAAAGGUCAGAUUACAUAAUUUCAUAAUUUAAUUUACAAUCCACUCUGCCUUCACAGAAUGAGAGAGAACAAGUCAUGACCACCAAUGCUUGGCUAACACAGUACCUCUAUGCAUAAGUGGCAGUUAGAAACCCUUUGUUUUCUUCAGCAUUGGGUUGAUUACAGAUUGAGCUGGGACCCUUCACAAUAUGAGGGAAUUGAAAAGCUUUAUAUUCCCUCCCGGAACAUAUGGCUUCCUGAUAUUGUGCUGUACAACAAUGCUGAUGGAACCUAUGAGGUGGCUGUCUUUACAAAUGUGAUCGUCCAAUUCAACGGCAGCAUCUCAUGGCUUCCACCAGCUAUCUACAAGAGCGCCUGCAAGAUUGAUGUCAAGCACUUCCCCUUUGACCAGCAGAACUGCACGCUCAAGUUCCGCUCUUGGACGUAUGAUUACACAGAGGUUGACCUGGUCCUUAAGGCUGAGGUGGCCAGCAUGGAUGACUUCACUCCCAGUGGGGAGUGGGACAUCCUGGCCCUUCCUGGGAGACGGACGGUCAACCCUUUUGACCCUACCUACGUGGAUGUGACUUAUGACUUCAUCAUUAAGAGAAAGCCCCUGUUCUACACCAUCAACCUCAUCAUCCCCUGCAUCCUCAUCACCUCUCUGGCCAUCCUGGUCUUCUACCUGCCCUCUGACUGCGGUGAGAAGAUGACCCUGUGCAUCUCUGUGCUGCUGGCCCUCACCGUCUUCCUGCUCCUCAUCUCCAAGAUCGUCCCUCCCACCUCGCUGGACGUUCCUCUGAUUGGCAAGUACCUGAUGUUCACCAUGGUUUUGGUGACCUUCUCCAUCAUCAGCAGUGUGUGCGUACUCAACAUUCACCACCGCUCCCCCAGCACCCACACCAUGCCCGUCUGGGUCCGGCGGCUGUUUCUGGUCCGGCUCCCGGCGCUGCUCUACAUAAGCCGCCCGCAGGACGGCUCGGCCCAGCCAAGGUUCCGGCAACAGAGGCAGCUGCGGGCUUGGAGGGCCGCGCAGGGGAUGGACAGCCCAUCUGUUCAUACGGCCACCGUCUCUUCCACCAUAUUACAGCCGUCUGCUGCCGCCCCCUUCCACCUCAAUCUGUCUGUGAAACAAACCAACCAGCGGCGCUCUGGGGUUGCACCGGAAGUUCUCGCCAGGGCCCCAGAUCUUCACCGAAAGGCUGGCCUGGGCCUGCGACCCAACCUGCAGGAGGCUGUGGAUGGAGUGUGCUUUGUGGCCGAUCACAUGAUGGGGGAUGAUGAUGACCAAAGCGUGAUUGAGGACUGGAAGUUUGUGGCUAUGGUGGUGGACAGGUUGUUCCUGUGGAUCUUUGUGAUUGUGUGUGUGGUUGGAACCCUUGGGCUCUUCCUCCAGCCAGUUUUUCACGGCCCGACAGUUCCUGUCCAGCAAUCUGGCGCUGGACCUCCAAUAAGAGAUGGUAUUUAAACUAAUGGUGCCUGACUCUUAUGAAGCUUUGUCAGCCUGCCUUUCUUCAAACCCCUUUACAGCGUAUUGCUCCCUCUGAUAGGAAAUACCCAUAGUGCCAUGCUAUCUGUUGUGUUCAGGAAUGCAUACAGUGAAAAGCACAAGAUUAAUGUCAUCACAAGUACAGUGAUCAUGACUCCCAUAGCAAAGGGAAUGUUAUUUUCUUGAGAAUUAUGGUUAGGUGUUCGAGUGUACAUUGUAUGGUCAUUAUGUUCAAUAACAAGACUAAAUGGGAGCUAGAAUGUUGAGGAUAAAUACUGACAUCAUUACCUCCCCCCCUUUGCUUAGUCACCAUUUCCCAUAAUGCUCUACUGUAUGUAACACUGUGUAUGUUGUAAUGUUGCAGAAUUUUAUGUUGCCACAGAAAAUAGAGAUGCUAAAAUGUACCUUUACCAGCAACUGCUUCAACAUGAAUACCAAAUAAAAUCAAAAUCUGUCAGUUAGUUCAGAAUUUGCUGAUUUGUGUUUGUAUUAUAUAUAAUGAAUGUAACAUCUUAAAGUUAACAGUUUCUUCAUGUGUUUAUUGCUUCAUUUACCCAAGACAUUGGAAGAUUUGCUCUUGCUGUUGCUCUUGCUGUUGCUCUCGCAAAAACAACAUUAUAAAGUCUGUAAAGGAAAUUAUGAUGUACUAGCCAAAACGUUAACCAUCACAUGGUUAAAUAAAAAUAUUGCUUCUUAUGUUUUUCAGCAUAAGUUGCAAGUUUUCAUUCUGGA